AUGGAGCUUUACUCCAUUAAUUAUCUUCAUUAUGGAGCUCCAAAAUACUGGUUUGCCGUACCUCCGGAAGCUGCAACUCGCUUCGAAAGGCUCAUGCGGCAGCAGUUUCCUACAUACGAUCGCCACUGUAAAGCUUUCAUGAGACACAAGAGUUUCUCUGUACUUCCGGCUCUCUUGGAUAUGCACAGGAUUCCAUAUGGGACGAUGAUGCAGCAUCCUAAUGAGUUCAUCAUAACAUUCCCUCAUGUUGUCAUAUGGGUUUUAAUUUGGGUUACAAUAUCGCGGAAAACGCGAAUUUCGCUACAGAUCGUUGGAUAG